AUGGUUGACCGCCUGGCCAACAGCGAGGCCAACUCCAAGCGCAUCUCGGUGGUGGAGGGCUGCUUCGGGGCGGCGGGCCAGCCCCUGGCCAUCCCGGGCCGCGUCCUGAUCGGCGAGGGCGUCCUCACCAAGCUGUGCCGCAAGAAGCCCAAGGCGCGCCAGUUCUUCCUCUUCAACGACAUCCUGGUCUACGGCAACAUCGUGCUGCAGAAGAAAAAGUACAACAAGCAGCACAUCAUCCCGUUAGAGAGCGUCACCAUCGACACGGUGCCCGACGAGGGCGAGCUGCGCAACGGCUGGCUCAUCAAGACACCCACCAAGUCCUUCGCCGUCUACGCCGCCACCGCCACCGAGAAGUCCGAGUGGAUGAACCACAUCAGCAAGUGCGUCCAGGAGCUGCUCCAGAAGAGCGGCAAGGCGCCGGCCGGCGAGCACGCCGCCGUCUGGGUGCCCGACUCGGAGGCGGCCGUCUGCAUGCGCUGCCAGAAGGUCAAGUUCACGCCCGUCAGCCGCCGCCACCACUGCCGCAAGUGCGGCUUUGUGGUGUGCGGGCCCUGCUCUGAGAAGAAGUACCUGCUGCCCAGCCAGUCGUCCAAACCCGUGCGCGUCUGCCAGUUCUGCUACGGCGAGCUGAUGGCCGGCGGGCGCUCCGACUCGGUCGGCGGACGCGCCGGGAACUUCCGGGACAUCUCGGACGACGACGACGAUGACGACGACAGCAGCGACUGAUGGGGGCGGGGCCCCGCCCGCGCUGGUACCGUUUUUUGAACUGAGACUCUAAACGCCACGCGCGGGUACCGCCGCCGCCACGCACUGACUCCCGCCAAAACCAGGAGGCGGAGCUAAAAGUCAAACUAGUCAUUUCCAAAACAUGUUGGCAUUUUCUUGGGCCAUUAUUGAGAAAAUUCAGGGAAAAAAAGUGGAAUGUUGAAAAGGAAGAGUAACCUUUUACUUUUUCCUUUCUUUUUGAAGGGAGCAAAGUCAAGAAAAAAAAUGUAUUCAAGCAAUCUUCCCACAAGUUCAGUCAUUUUCUCAAAAGCAGUUGUACUUAUUCACAUUUUGCAAAUUUUUGAGAAUUCUAUAUUUCUAGAUGUCUUUAGAGACAAAAGCUGAUUUCUUUCUUUUUCUAUUUGGGGUGUCACCAAGUGGAUGCUUCCGAAAAGUCAGACCAUGCACGUGCCUACACUCGUCAUCACCUUUGUGCCUCGUACAACACACUAAACGCCUCUCCACCCGGACCAAGCACAAAAGAAAAGCAGCAAUUUAAUGCUUGCGAAAUGUCGUCUUGGCGACAGUUGCCAUGGCAAUUUAUAUCUGUUGGCAUUUUGAUAAAGCAAUAAGCACGAAAGCUUGUCCAUUUGUGGCUACGUAACGAUUCAACAAAAACUAAUGUACAGGAUUGUGGUCAGAUGUGGAUUUUUACUCGUAUUAGGGCGCCACCAGGAAAAGAAAAGUAAAAGUAGAUUUUUCAGAGAGAGAAAUUAGAAUUAACUGUAAUCUGAGUUUAGGAUUUUUUUUCUUAAGGGGCUUUACUUUUGUAAGAGUACGAUUCGUUUCUAGAAAAAGUAACCUCUGUAGAUUUGUUUAUUCUCAUGAGAUAACAUUUAUAUAAAAAAAAUAAGUUGCAACUUGUUAAAAUCAAACAAAUCUUAGAAAAAAUCUUAAUACAUUAGUCUUGAAUAAAAUUUACAGUUAAGAUUACAAUUGAAAAUUAAAUUUGUUAGUUUGUUUUUUCUUAAAUUAAAAAACCUCAAAUUUCUUCCCAUGUGGGAAUGAACUUUUUUCUUUAGAAAGUUUAAUAAAAUCUGCUUUAUUUUUGUAACACUAUUACAAAUAGAAUUAAUUCUACUCUAUGACUAAAUAUUGUCAAGAUUAUAACAUUUUACACACAAAAAAAAAAGCUUCUCCCACACACAAGUGAUGCUCUAAGAAAAAAACUAUUAAAACAUUUAUUCUUGGAAAAAACAGUACAGUGGCAAAAAAAAACUACUUUUGUAGGACUAUUAUUCUCAGAACACGGAAGUUUAAAAGCUGCUAAAGAAAGGGAUUUUUUUUUUCUUUUGACUAUUCUUCAUGUAAUAUUUGUUUCAAACAAAUCCAGUGAUGAGGUGCACCUUGGUGAUCCUUGGGCAUUUUUAUGACUGCCAUGUUGAAUUUCUAAAAAGACUUUGUUUUGUUGGCCGUCCAUCCUAAUAACAAUUCAAACCCAGCGAUUAUCAACGAGGGCUUUUAUGUUUAGCAUUAUUUUGAGAGCUGUCUUGUUGACACACUAACUGCUGGCGCGCUUCCUAAACGCUGCACCAAGGAAAUGUCAUCGUCCUUCCCCUCCGAAAGUCGCGAGGAGGCGGUUUCGGAGCUUCGACAAAGGAAAAAAAAGGCUGAUUUUGCUUGGAAUUCAGUUUUGUGUGUUUAAUGUUCUUUUGAGAUGUCUAGCGAGAAAAAAAGGGCUUAAUCGGAAUGUAAAAUGAGAUUAAUGAUGAUCACUAGUGCGUAUUAAUUUUUGUACAAGUGAGCAGCUGUACGUCUCUGCUUGUUUAAAAAGGAAAAAAUGUCAAUGUUGCUUGUUUGAGUUAUUUCACUUUUGAUUGCACCACUUUUUCUUUUUUAUUAAAGCGUGAUUCAAGUCCA